AUGUCGAGUCAAGACAAGGUCUCAGUCGACCAAUAUGGUCGCAAAAAAUGGAACGUUGAAGCAUACGCACAAGAAGCCAAGGACAGAAAGAGGAAACGGCGAGCUGAUGAUGACGACAGAGUUUCCAAACAUACUUUGAAAAAUGACACAUCACAGGCAUACAUAGACCACAGAGCUGAACUUCUCAAGGCGUCCCUAGAUGCAGUUCAGCAGUACAGCCUUAUCAAUCCAGACAAAGCUGGCUCGGCCAUGCAUGGAGCAAAGAAGCGAUUUGGAUUCUUUUGCCCCGUUUGCGACUUGUCGUUCCGCGACGACUUGGCCUUGAUUGACCACUUCAACUCGCCGCAGCAUGUGAAUAAAGUCAUGCUGCAGAACCAAAAGAAGCCGGCGGAAGGGGAAGAGGAAGAUGCAAAAGCGGCACAGAUGUUGGAGAGUGGCAUCCGGCGUGCUAGCUUGGCCGAGGUGGUAGCGACCAUGGAGAAGCUCAUAUCACGGAGCGUUGCAGCCAAAGUCGAAGCAAAAGAGGCGGAAGGCGUAUCGUUUGGCGAACGGGUCAAGCGACGAAAAGAGUUUGAAGAAAAGCGGAUGCUGAGCAAUGCCGAGAAGAGGCACUUGCGAAACCAGCGCAAGAAACAGAAGCGAGAUGCACAUAAACAAGUGGCAGCAAGAGAUGGAGAUGGCGAUGGUGGUGGCGCAAUGAGUCAAAUGAUGGGUUUUGCAAACUUCGGCAGCACGAAGCUCAACAGCUAG